AUGUCCGAAUUGACUACCCGCAAAUACUUUGACAACAUCUACAUUCCCGCUGGUCUGAUCGUCUUCGGAUGCUUCAUCACCAAGCGCGAAUGGACGCCGUACGCUGUUGCCCUGGCGCUCGCGCUGGCAGCCUACAAGUUCAACGCCAUGCAGAUCAAGAAGGUCCUGAAGCCUGAUACCUUCCAGGACUUUGAGCUCAAGGAGAAGACCAUCAUCUCGCACAAUGUCGCCAUCUACCGCUUCAACCUCCCCAGCGAGAAGGCCAUCCUCGGCCUGCCCAUCGGUCAGCACAUCUCCAUUGGUGCCAACUGCCCCCAGCCUGAUGGCACCACCAAGGAGAUUGUGCGCUCCUACACUCCCAUUUCUGGCGACCACCAGCCCGGCUACUUCGACCUCCUGAUCAAGUCCUACCCCACCGGUAACAUCUCCAAGUACAUGGCGUCGAUGAAGGUUGGACAGACGCUCAAGGUCAGAGGUCCCAAGGGCGCCUUCGUCUACACCCCGAACAUGGUCCGUCACUUUGGUAUGAUUGCUGGCGGCACUGGUAUCACUCCCAUGCUCCAAAUCGUUCGCGCUGUCAUUCGUGGCCGCCCCACCGGUGACAAGACCGAGAUUGACCUCAUCUUCGCCAACGUUACCCCUCAGGAUAUCCUGUUGAAGGAGGACCUGGACGCCCUUGCCAAGGAAGACGCUGGCUUCCGUGUGCACUACGUUCUUGACAAGCCCCCUGCGGGCUGGACCGGCGGCGUCGGUUACGUCACCGGCGACAUGAUUACCAAGCUCCUUCCCAAGGCUGCCGACGACGUCAAGCUUCUGCUUUGCGGUCCCCCGCCCAUGGUCAGCGGACUGAAGAAGACGGCCGAGACCCUUGGCUUCAAGAAGGCCCGCCCCGUGAGCAAGCUCGAGGACCAAAUCUUUGCUUUCUAA